GCGGAAGUAAGUGCUCGUUUCCCCGCGGCUGAUUCGAGUACUUGUUUGGUCACAAGAGGCCUCUCUGGGUAGUUACAACCUAGCUACAGCUGGGCAGGCAAUGCCAUCCGAGGGUCGUUGCUGGGACACUUUGGAGGCGCUGCGCAGCUCUGAAAAAGGUCGUCUGUGUUACCACCGCGACUGGUUGCUGGGUGGCGAGGAUGUCUUACAAGAAUGUAUGUCUAUUCCGAAGCUGUCUUCGUACUCUGGAUGGGUGGUAGAUCAUGUGUUACCCCACAAACAGGAGAACUCACCUCCCUCUGAGAAUGCAACAUCUUCAAGAUCUACUUCAGACCUGGUUCAUCCUUCCCUUGUUUCCAGAUCUCUCGUCAAAAAUUCUGCCUUUUCACCAGUCUCUCCAGCAACAUCAGAUAGAAUCCAGGACAAACAUGAAUCCCAGCACAAAGAUGCUUUGGCUCUUCAUUCGUCCCGGGGAAACAAAGUGGAAGGCUGUAUCCGAAUGUAUGAACUGGUGCACAGAAUGAAAGGAUCUGAGGGCCUACGGCAGUGGCAAGAAGAACAUGAGAGAAAGGUGCGAGUCCUUUCUGAAAUGGCAUCUGAACAGUUGAAGCGGUUUGAUGAAAUGAAGGAACUAAAAAACCACAAAGAAUUCCAGGACUUACAGGAAGUAAUGGAAAAGAGCUCCAGAGAAGCACUAGGGCACCAGGAGAAGCUGAAAGCUGAACAUCGUCACAGAGCAAAGAUUCUCAACCUGAAAUUGCGGGAGGCUGAGCAACAGCGCUUGAAGCAAGUAGAGCAGGAGCGACUCCGGAAGGAAGAGGGCCAGAUCCGCCUGCGGAGCCUCUAUACCCUGCAGGAGGAGAUGCUGCACCUCAACCAGCAGCUGGACUCUUCUGACCAGCAGGAAGAACUGCUGAAGAUUGACCUCUCUGCCUUCCGGACCCGAGGCAAUCAGUUGUGUGGCUUCAUCUCUGGGAUCAUUCGGGCCACUUCUGAGAAUGGCUUUCCCACAGCAGAAGAUCAAGCUGUGGCUGAGAGAACUCUGCAGGAAAUGCGGAACCUCCUCACAAACUUGCAGCAGGAAGUCACCAAGGCCUGUGAAAACAAGCACAGGCAGGAUGAAGAAGAGGCUCGGGUGAAACUACAAGAAUCACAGAUAAAGCAACGGUCAGAGCUCCGUAAAGAACCCUCAGUUCCCAGUCAGGGCCAAGGAGGGAAAAUGAAUGAAGACCUGCGGGUGACUGUGCAGGACAGUACCAUGCAGUGGUACCAGCAACUUCAGGAAGCCUCCAGUCGGUGUAUGUUGUCUUUUAAGGAACUGACCAGCAGCAAAGACCUUCAGGUCAAAAAGGUAAAGAAUGACCUCACGAAGGCUGCCACCACUCCAGUGAGCCAAAUCUCUGGUGUUGCAGGCUCAAGUCUGAAGGAAGUCUUUGACAAGAUUCACAACCUGCUUGCUGGAAAGCCUGUUCAAUUUGUUGGACGCUCUGUGUCUAUCUCACUCAGUCCUUAUGGCCUGGACUUUGUCCAGUACAAACUGGCAGAGAAUUUUGUGAAACAAGCAGAGGUGGAAGCAGGCUCCCAUUAUGAAGCAGUGUUCCCCAUCGCGGCAGUAGUGUCUGGGAUCUGGGAAUUCUACCCCAGAGUGGGGGACCUUGUUCUUGCUCAGCUACAUAAGAAGUGUCCUUACUCUGUGCCUUUCUACCCAACUUUGAAGGAGGGAAUGACCAUGGAAGAGUAUCAGAAGAUGCUUGGUUUUGAAGUGAAGGAUUCCAUAGUGGAGCAGCAACAUGCCUUUAUGAAACGCAUGUCUGGAAUGAUCCGCCUCUAUGCUGCCAUCAUCCAGACCCGGUGGCCAUAUGGAAACCCACAAGAGAGUCACCCUCAUGGUUUACAUCAUGGUUGGCGUUGGUUGGCACAGAUAUUAAACAUGGACCCAGUGCCAUGUUUGACAGCCACCUUCCUCUUUGACUUCUUAGAGGUGUGUGGGAAUGCUCUCCUGAAGCAGUACCAAGUGCAGUUCUGGAAGAUGAUACUUCUCAUCAGAGAGGACUAUUUCCCCAGGAUUGAAGCUAUCACAAAACCAGGAGAGGUGGGGUCCUUCGUAUGCCUUAAGGAGUUCUUGGAGAAAUGUUUGCGGCACAAGGAGUUUCCUCUUCCCCAUGGCUAUCUGACUUCCUCCUUCUGGCGUUCCUGAUGUCAUUCUGUUGACCACCUUCACCAUUAUGUUGCAGAAGGGCAGUAAUAAAGCAACUGAAGACAACAUAUAUGGGAGAAAUUAUGUCCAAUUUAGAAACUUGCCAAUAUUUAUUGUUAUAUAUUUAUGCCUUGUGACUCAGAGAGGAGAUUUUGAUGGGCCACAGAAAUUUAAGAGGUCCCUUAAAGAAUGGGCCUUUCUCAUUUUUAUAAAAAUUACAAGAAGUAUUUAGCAUAUGCUUUCCUCUUUAUUUCCUCUAUCUCUUGAGUAUUUUAGAAAAUAGUAUUUUAACCAGUGCACUAAAGUGAGUCCAUCUCAUGUUCAUGUUGCCUCCUUUUGAAAUGAAUUCCCAGAGAGAGCAAAGACUCAUAAGAUACUCUUUAAAACAUUUAGUAGUUGAGACCUGAAUCCUUACAUAAAAAUCUGGGUUUUGAUUAUCUGACCUCAGUUUCAGCAAUAAUUGUAAAUUCCGAGGAAAUGUCUGCUGGAGACAUGGUCUGUGUCUCAUUCAGGGACAGUUUAGUGUCUGGAAUUUGUGUUGGCACAUAAGCUGUUUCACCAACAAGCAUUGUUCUCUAAUUUGGAAAUGGAUGGAUUUGAUCCAGGGGAAGGCUGGGGAUACAGAAACCAGGGCAGUCGCCUUUUUUGUUUUAGCUUAAAUUAAGAUGGAACUUUCACCUUUAUAAGAUAAGCAAAAGUUGUUAGGGAGGAAUUGAUAACUGUUUUAUAGUUUUUCAUGUGUUCAGAAUAAUCAAGAGUUUGUCUGUUCAGUUAAGAAUUGAUACUUGUUUUCUUGAAAGACCACUUUACUGCAGAGGCAGCAGCUAUGGCUGUGUUCCUACAUAUGAGAUAUGUUCUGGGGUAUAUUUGGAGGUAUAUUCUCCAGUGUUCUUCAGUGACUUGAAGUAAACCAUUCUGCAAAUGAUUGACUCUGAUGCUAAAAAAAACAAAAAAAAACAAUAAAGCUUGAUUUUUAACAUUA